AUGGCGAAGGCAGUCUCACUGAGAGGAGACGAGUCGUCGGGGCUUCGCGGCGAACCUGUUCCUGGUCAGACGCAAGCCUCUCUCUUGUCAGAGACGACGGAACGUGACAAUGUGAGCGUGUCCAGCGCUGAGCAGCGACAGGACAGUGACAAUCUUGAAGCAGGUUCGUCCGCCCAGCCGGGAAACGCGCAGGGCACGCCGUCUGCCUCCAGCUCCAGUCCUUCUCCCCGCUCCGCUGCAGACGCGGCGCCAGCGGAGGGACAGCACGCGAUUGCGAAGGCUGCUUCGUCAUCCGCUGGCGCAGCAUCUGACUGCUCUGUUUCUGUUCCUGACUGCUCCACGGAAGGCAGGGCAGCAGACGCGUUGGGACCCCCUGCUCACCCGUCGGCGUCAGUUUCCUCGUCCUUCGUCGCGCACGCCUCGGCUGUAGACCCUAAGCUGGGGGCGGGACGCAAGCAGGGUAUGUCCAGGGAGUUGCUCAAACUUCUCUCUGGAAGUGGGAACUCUUUCGAUGAACUGUGUAUCUCUUUCAACAACACCGGGAAACACGGCGCUUCCCGUCACGGAUCCUCUGGCUCUGCGGGAUCUCUUCCACGGAGCGCGUCCACGAACCAUGCCUCUUGCGGAGACCAGAGAGGCACAGCCGGCGCGAGCGGCCCCACACCGUCUCCUUCCAGUUCUGCAGCCGCGUCCUCGAGCCCCCUUCCUGCCUCCGCCAGCCCUGCCGACCACACCCCUCCAUCUUCCUCCGCCUCAUCCUCCUCGAACAAGCAUGCAGCGCCAUCAACGUCUUCAUCCCGCAGCGCCACCGCUGCCGGCGCAUCCAGAGCGGCACGCGCGGAAGGGGGGAAGGCAAAGGGCGAGAGUGCGGCCUCCACGCCCCGGGCCGGAGAGACCGGGAUCCCCGCAGCGCGGGUGUGCGAAGAUGAAGAGACAGCCAAGGCGAUUGCAGCCGCGCUCGCAGCAGAGAUGGAAACCUGUCGCGAGCUGUCGAGUCUCUUGAACAAUGGAAAGAAGGGCAGCGAAGACUCCGCCGUCCCCAUAGAGAUUCUCAUGGCGCUGUCAGGGCAGCGGUCGCGGAGGCCGACGCGGAGCAGUUUGGCCGCGUCCCCGCCGACGCCUCAGCAGAUCUCGAAGGGGGCAAAUAAAACGAAGCCUAUCGCCGUCUCGGGGGUGGGGAGGACGAAUCCGAGUCUGUCUGCGGCGUCUUCGCCAGCGCCUCGCGCGUCUCGGCCUUCCCCGUCGUCCGCGUCAGCGUCGACAGGCGACGCUCGAAUUGAAGUGUCUUCUCAGAAAGGCAAGCUUUCCAAGAACUCGCGUCGGAGCCAGGGAGCCGUGAGCGAGGAUCGGCGGCAGGCGGACGCAAAGCCAGGCGAGCGGGCAGCAGACAAGGAGAUUAACGCCUCGAAAAACGUGCUCGAGGAUGCAGACGAGGCGACGCAGGCCGCGAUCGCCGCCCUGCUCGCGGAGGAGAUCGGAGGCUCGAAAGAAGCGAAAAAGCUUCUGCUGGAAGGUGGAGGUUCAGCGGAGGCGUAUGAACUUCUGGCUGUCUCGAUGGCAGCGCGCAACGGACGAAGACGCGCGCGAAGACUUCUGGCGACGACAGCCUCUUCAGAGACGUCGGCGACGCAUCCGCCCAGUGACGACGCCACAUCUGAGAGGCGGAGCAAAGCCGGGGGGCCUGUGAAGAAGGCCGAAAGAGCCCACGCAGCCGCGGAGGGGGCGGACCCCCUUUCGGGCGACCGCGUGCGUGCGUCGGGUGAAGCGUCUGGAAAGUCGCGAGGCAGACCUCACCCAAAGGAAGUCGCAGCUGAGGAUCCACAGGAGGCCGACAAGAAAACAACGAAGACUGGGGGAAAAAGCGGGAAGCGCUUGUCGAGGGGCGCCUCGGCUGCACAUGAGGCACAGGGCCAACUCGUGGAGGAAGAAGGGACUCCCCGCCAGAAAGCCGACAGAGCCGAUAGACAGGGCGCGUCGAGGGGAGGCAUGGGGGCAGCGGCGCCCGACGCAGAAGGCGUCGGGCGCCGCUGCCCCGUGCGAGAGGCUGAGGGAGGGACUGAGGAGGAGAGAGGCGCCGGCGGACAGAAGGGUGAAGUUGUAGGGAGCCGACGGAGCCAAGAGUCGAAACCAAAAAGCCUAGGACGUAAGAGGGAGAUGCGGGAAGAGGCCGACGCAGAAAUGGGUGAGAAUUCGUCGGAGGACGAAGUGCUCGCACGCCAGCAUGAGCGAAAGGCGGAGAAAACUCAAAGCCGCGUGAGGGCAGAAAAAGACGACGGCCGCAAGCGGAAGAUCGCUCAAGACGAAAACGCGGAAGAGUCCCCGAAGCGCAGCGCACGCGACAACCCCGCAACUCCGAAGCACGAAGGAAAAGCAGGUACGCCUUCCUUGGAAGCGAAACGAAGAAAGGUGAAGGAAGAAGCAGAUCCUCGUGCUGAAGGCGACAAGGCUGGGAAGCUAGGGCAGGAUGUAGAAGAAGAAAGUGCGCGAGAAGAAAGCUCAGCAGGGGCUAAGUCAGAGAUCCUGACAGACGCCGGUGGCGUGGCUGCCGCGUCGCCGCGUGAGACAAAGAACUCCGCGGCAAAGGAGACCCGCGGGUCGCCCUCAGGGAAAGCGCAUGACCGCGGCGAGGAAGGGGCGCGAGUCCGUCCCCCGGCGAAGCGGCCAAGAACGCUGAAAAAGAGUUCGGAAGAAGAGGUGUCUACGACGUCCGAUGACGAGAAUGCGCGUGUGCAGAGCGUCGAAAGCGCGGAUGCCACCUCGUCGCUCGACCGCGCAUGUGCAGAAGAGGUUUCGGCUUCGGAGGCCGCGCUGUUCUCGCACGAUGCAGAGGAAACUGCAGAGACGGGCGAGGAGUCGGCCGCGGCGGCACGAUGCGCCGGCAGCGCCCUCGACGGCCCGAGCGAGGCGACCACGCGAGAUGCACUGGAAAACGAUCCCGACGAGGUGGGGGGAGAGGCCGGACGAACUGGGGAGCAAGCAUUCGUGAACAACCGUGCCGAGCGAGAUUCCAGCGACGGGAAGGCGCAUCAAGGACUUGACGCAGAUGGCAAGAGAGGCGGACGCCUACGAGGGCGAAAAAACCAGAGCGACGCACAAGAAAGCGACGACGAGAACGAAACGGGCAUUCGAACACAGACGGAGUGCAUUGAGACUGGAUGGCCCUGUUCGGCGAGAGAUCGAAGCCAAGAGGACGAGAGCCAAGCAGGCGGGACUGAAGAUGGAACCAACGCACGCGCCGCUCGAGCGACAGCCGCAGAAACGCGACCUCUGAAGAUUCGGAAACGCGUCAUCAAGAUGAACGCUGCAGUCAACUUCACGCUCUGCGGGAUUUGCGGCGGCUUCGGCGACGUCCUCUGCUGCGACUUCUGCCCGCGGGUCUUCCACCCUGCAUGCCUCUUCAAGUACCGGCCGCUGCAGGUCUUCGUCCCCGUCGAGCUCCGGUCGGCAGCCGCGAGCGCUCUCUCAGCCGCUGGCGCGCCGCCGCACGGCUCGCACUUGGCGAUCCCCGACUGGACCUCGCUGCCGCCUCCGCCGCCGCCGCUGCCGGAGUAUCGCAGCCACGCGCGGGCUGGUGAGGGAGACGAACGACCGCGCAGACGCGCAAGGGGUGAGCAGAAUGGAACGUUAACGCAGUCCGCGCGGAGAGAGAGCGAGGAGGAAAGCGGAGAGGUGCUCUGGAUGUGCCCAGACUGCUACGGCGUUCCCUACUCGGCGAGCCGACCCAGCGAGCAUCCGGCCUGGAAGCUCAAGUGCCUCGACUGGCGGAGGAUCGCGGAGGAAGAAAGCAGCCUUUUCCUCUCCUUCCCAAGCCUCGAUGCCAUUCAGCCCUACUUCGGGGACGAAGACGCGUGGAGAAGUUUCCGCGAGAGAAAAGGCCAGAAGCUACUGAAGCGCUCAGCGACCAUCGCCAAGACGGUCCUCGCCGCCUCUGGAAAAGGGGCGACGGCAGACAAGAAGAAACUGAUUCCCGCAAACACAAUCUUCGUCCGACUCGGCGAUUUCCCUCUCUCGCCCGCCAGACACCUGCUGCAUGCAAUGGGGAAGAAAACUGCCCUCCAGGCUGUCGCCUUCCUCAAAAACCUUCUCCUCAGAGUCGCCAACUCGAGCAAAGAGGAGGAACAAAUGAACUUCUUGGAGUUCGGCGCUGAAGUUGCGUACUUAUUGACGAAUUUGCUGGGCUACCUCGGGGCCUCACGGCACCUCGUCGACCCCAUCGUGGACGCCGCGUCGUGCAUUCUGCUGCUCUGGUCGAAGCGUCGCCGGAAGCUUGGCAAGGACGCCAUCAUGACUGACGAGGCUCUGAUCUUCUCCACGCUGGAAGCCUGCUGGGCGCAGCUCGUCCUGCAUCGCUACAGUACCACCUCCGGCCUGCGAGCGUCGCCAGCCAGCGCGAGUCUGACAGGCGGCGAGGGUGCUCCGAAGACGACGCUCAGCUGCAGUUUAGGCGAGCAGAAGCUGUACUACCGCGGGUGGAAAGAAGAAGUCGAGCGGUCCAUCGCCGCGAGCCGUCUCGAAUUCCUCUACUUCGACUUCCGCCACGGACAGCUGCUGUACUACGAUCUUUCCACAUGCCCCAACUGUGACCGAUCCGGAGGCGUCUCAGGGAGAUACGCCGUCUGCAGCUUAUGCAACUUCCACUUGCCGCCCGAGUGGGCCUGCGUGGACUUUGGGCGCCUGUUUGAGCAGCUCGUUUGGGGCAGCCUCAUGCAGCGCGCGGGCAUCACGCCAUGCGGCGCCAAGAAGGGCCGCAGCUGCUGGGGAGACACCUCGCCGGUGGAGCAGAUUCUUCUCGAGAUGAAAACCAGCCUGCGGCCCUGGCGAAACCGCCUCGACCUCGGAACCGAAGACUGGAAAAACCAAGUUUACAUGGUGACGCACGCACUUUUUGUCGUCAGUGGCUGGGGCCGCUAUCGCCUGGACCUGCGCGAACGCUUCUGGCUCCCUGACACGCGCUUCCUCCGCUUGGCGCUCCACGAGGCGAUGCUGAUUGGAGACGUUGAACUCACCGGCGAAAUCUUGCAUUCCCUCCACCUCUUCGUCGUCUCUGAAGCCCCGCGCCGGGCGCUCCUCAACGGUUCUGGAGAGAGCGCCGCGAGCGGGCAAGCGCCUCCGCGCCUUCUCUCGGAGGCAGAUGAAGAGGAGCUGCAGGCUGAGCAGUUUGCAAUCGACUUGGCCAUUCAGCACGGGAUUAUCUACCUGUUAUACAAACAGUCGAAAACUCGCGGAUGCUGGACGGCGAAGCACGAUUCGUUCUACAAAACCUUCCAUACGUCAUUCUGCGCAGCAAUUGGUCUGAUUCGUCCGCAUCGCGCGUCGUCUUCGAAGUCCUCUGCGUCGUCUCCAAGCGCCGCAGGAACUUCGCCUUCGCAGAGCGUGGAUCGGACGCACAGCGAGUGGCAAAGACUCUUUUGCUCGUCGUGGCCUCACGCGUCCGUGUCUCUCGCCACGCCCGACGCGGUCGACCGGCUGGAGGCCUCGCGCGCCGCCAUGCUCAGUCCCGCGGUCUCCAAGGCCCGACGGGCCGCGUCCGACGCGCCGCCGGUCGUGCCGCUCUCCUGUGGCGCGCCGCACUUUCUCCGGCCGCGGAGCGCAGACGAGCGCGCCGUCAGAGUCGCCACGGUCAAGGUGUGCGUCAGGCGCCCGCUCCGCCGCAUGACUUCCUCACUGUGGCGCCGCCUGUGCGCGUCAGCUCUCGCGACGACGCGGCACCACAAAAAAUCCGUAAAACUCUUUGGCGAGAAGAGUCUACUCGCCCCCAAUGCCUUCGGGAAAACCGAAGAAAUUUCCGUGGGAAUCUACUGCUUCCAGGGCUUGUGUUUCGUCUCGCUCGAGGACCUCGCCGCGCUGCUGCUGUGCGAGCCUUUGUUCCUCGAGCACCGCGUCCUUGCGUUCGUUCGUCCCGCCCUCGUUCUCCCCACCGUGGACGCGCAGCAUGCGCAACCUAACCGGCACGUCCCGCCGGCGUUCCACCGCUACUUCACGGCGUUUGAAAACCGGAACUUGCUCAACGGAGGCGAAGCUGCGUCGGCUCCGGGGUCGCCCUCUUGGCAGGCGCCUGCCUCUGCUCCAAGCGCCGCGUCGGCGUCUGAUGCAGCCCGAGGCGAAGACCGCGAGGGGGCGGAGAAGCGGCGAGCCCACGGCGGAGGCGAGAGCGACGCUCGCGGAGGCACUGUCAGGCCAGGAGCAAGUUCGCGGAAACUUUUUUCCCUGCUGGACCUGAAGGAGCUCCUCACGCUGCAGUCCAUCAUGGGCAUCGCCGAGGCGUUAGUCCUACAGAUCGAGGAGAAUAUUGGCGCGCUUCUGCGGGCCGUAGAGACAUCCUCGGGCGCUCCCUCCCCGCGCAGGCCUGCCGGGAGCGAGGCAUUCUAG